AUGUCUUCUAAUUCCGAUAUUGGCAACGACGAUGUCCUGCCUGCCAAGAGGGACACGAUGCCGGCACUUUGGAGUGCGAAGCAAAUUCCACAUAGCGCAGACUUUCCCGAUCCCUAUGCAUUGAUCGGAGACGCAUAUGAACGGAUAUCAGUGGCAGAUGAGUGGGAAAUACCAGAUCCCAACAGUAAGAAGCUACCAUACUUGGCGCACAUCAAAUCGCUGUCAACAUCAUGGAAAAGCCUACGUCAUCUGGCGGACUGGAUGCAGGUCGGAACAACCCCAUUGCGUUGGAAUGAAAUCAAACAUCACCCAGAGGAGCUCGAAAGGCGGCGGAACAAGACCAAUGUCACCUUCGUGGAAUACAACCCUUCCACAGCACCCAAAACUACAGCAAUCAAGACACCAACAUUGCUGCACGAAACUUUACAAGCCCUGUCGCAUGAGCGUACAAAACAGCCUCCUCUGCGACUGUUCGUUGUAGAAGAUCUGUCUCAGCAAGUCAUCGAGCUUUUGGGAGCGCGCUUCGAUAUUGAUCCUUUAUUCUUCCGUGAGCAAAUCGAUGACUACGUGUGGCAUAACACUCGCGACCCCUGGGCAUCACCGCCCAGCCUAAUCUCAAGCAUGAAGCAUCGACCGUGGUUUAGAAUGCGCAAUAUGAGAUUACGAUAUUUCAAAACAGAGAAAGAUUUCGAGGAUUCGAGGUUAGAGGCAAACACCUGGAACGUGCUGAGACGUCCUGACAACGAUGAGAAUCAUUGGCACUAUCAAGACAGAGAUGGAGCAGUCGUAUCCAUUAUGCGUACACGAACCACAAUGUGGAUUGGCAAAGAUAAGCAGUGCGGAAACGGAACUGUAGGAAUCGUGUUGCUGGAUCCAACCGUCAGCCAGGGUCAACCACUAUGGUAUGAUCGCAGUAACUGGCUGCCGACCCCUAGGAUGGAGACCAAGGUCUACCCUUCAAUCAAGUCAUCUGUAUCCUGGUUCGAAGAUAUUGUCCAAAUGACUACCGCAUUCCCAUGGUUCGAGCGGGGAGAAGGUCACGAUAUAAACGCGCAAGUCCUUGCUAAACCAACCAUAUACACCGUCUGUGCGGAAUGGCUUAUAGUGUGUGACUAUGUAAGGGCCCGACUUAGCCAGAUAGAAUGGGAACUUGAACUGCCGCGCCUCUUCCGCUCAAAAGGCGACGCCAUCGAUACAUCGCUCAAACGGCUUCACACUUGGCGUCGGCAGAUUCCUGUAUUUCGAGAGAUGGUGGCAGAGACGUUGGAACACGCGCUCCCAGCCGCAGCGCGACUCACAACCCCGUCUCCUCAAUAUUCCGCCGCGCCCAACUCACCUCUUUCUAUACGCUCAGCGUUUUCUGAUAACCUGGUCAUCAACUUUGAAAACGUGGAAGGAUUUGAGGAUAUAGUCCCCGACUUCAAACGUGUUCUUGCCGAUGUCAACGAACUACAGGAACGCGUCGACCGUCUUACCAGCAUUGUCACUUCGGAGAUAUCCAUCGAAGAUUCACGUCGCGGACUUGAAGAGAAUCACAACAUGGCAAGAAUCACAUGGCUGGCGACUAUUUUCAUUCCCUUGACUUUCAUAUCUGGUUUAUACAGCAUGAAUGAGAGCGUGUCAGCGUUGAAAUCAACAUACGGGUGGUAUUUCCUGACCGCCGUGCCGUUUACGUUGAUUGUUAUGGCAAUCGGGUGGGUCGCAGGCGGCGGGAGCCUCACGCCAUGGCGGAAAGAUUCUACAAAGCAAAAAGGUAUGAUUGGGGGAAGAGAUAUGAAAUAG